AUGAUGUUGACGACCAGUGAUUGCUUUGAGGUCGAUUUAAACCAGACCCCAAAGACCCCCACUAAAUCACGAAUACCCCCAGCACACCACCACAAUAAACACCACCACAAUGAAUACCAGGUGUCUCCCAGUAGCACCAUUAAGUCUGCAAAACGUCGAAAACCCCUUAAUGAACAGGACUUUGGAAGUAUCAAGCGGUUUCUUAAAGUCCCAUCGCGUAGCAAGGUGUCCAAACCAUCCUCGCUGCGGAAAUCUCCUUCUAAAACCAACCUGCCUAGUCCCCAAAAGAAGUUGGUAUUGAAGAUCAGGCUCCGGAAUACUAAUAGUAAAAAACCAUCGUCAUCAAAAAAGACAUCGCCACUUAAGUCUGGAACCUAUCAAGAUAAUUCUUCUCCUUCAAAAGGGCGUCGUACUGCUGCUCAUGGGCCCUCAGUUGACAUUCAAUCGAAAGAAAGACGGGAGAUCACUGUGAACCCUUCACAAAAACCGCCAGAUGAUGAUGGCAUAAUACAGACCGCCAAUCUCCUGAUAAAACCAGAUUCAAAAAGUGCAACCACGGGAAAUAUUAAUAAUUAUGUAUCCCCAGUUGUGAAUAAAAAUGAACAGCUGCGCGGGGAUACUAAAAAAGAUGAUGUUGAAUAUGUAUCUUCAUACAGAAAUUUGAGCAAAAUCACUGGAUAUACAGAACCUACUUUUGGGAUCCAAGACGUAAUUCCGAAAGAAGAGACGAAAUUACGGCGCAGCAAAACAGAUAAUCAACAGGUUGAAACAAAGAUAUCAUCAAAUACUUUGAAAGUCCAACCAUCGCAAGAAGACCAGGCUCAACAAUCACCAAAUCACACAAAUUUACCAGUUCAGAAGCUACAAGAAUUACAAACAGAACCAGUCCAAGAACAACUAGCACAAAAUCGAAAACCGUUGCAAGAAAAUUCCAAGUCUAAACAAGAAGAAUGCGAAAUGGCUCUCAGGAUUGAGGAUGAAGAAAUUAUGGAGCUUCAAAAUAAGUUUCAUGUCAUUUCCAGAAGAUACAAGGUUCUUGAAAAAAUUGGAGAAGGGACAUUUUCAUCGGUUUACAAAGCUGAAGACUUGGUAGGAAUUUCCAAUAAAGUGAUCAAAAUCCAUCGACUGAAGCACGAUAUCACUUCGCGAAAGAAGUUCCCCCUUGUGGCCCUUAAAAAAAUCUAUGUCACCUCAUCACCUCAGCGGAUCUACAGUGAGCUUAAAUUCCUCUACAACCUUCUGGGUUGUCGGAACAUCAUUCCAAUAGUUGAUGCGGUGCGAUUCGAAGACCAAAUUGUUAUUGUAUUGCCGUACUGUGAACAUGCAGAUUAUCGGGAUUAUUAUCGUGAUUUACCAUUUAAUGGGAUAAAGAUUUAUAUGUACGAACUUUUGUCAGCCCUAUCAUUCAUUCAUGAUCGGGGAGUGAUCCAUCGAGACGUCAAACCUAACAAUUUCCUCUUUAAUCCCGCCACACGUCGUGGAGUGCUUGUGGACUUUGGUUUGGCGGAAAAAGUCCGCGAUCCUCAUGAGCACAAAUACACUUGUGCGUGUAUCAGCGGCGGGUUGUCUUUAUCAGAUUACACCGACAAUGAAGGUAAAGGAUACCCAAAAGAUGACGACCGUCCUGCGCGCCGGGCCAACCGUGCGGGAACCAGAGGGUUCAGGGCUCCAGAAGUGUUGCUCAAGUGUCCAAACCAAACCACCAAGAUUGAUAUAUGGUCAGCAGGGGUGAUUCUUUUAUCGUUGCUAGCUCGUCGUUUUCCAUUUUUCGACUCUAAUGAUGACGUCGAUGCGCUAGUGGAAUUGACGACGAUUUUCGGGGUUCAUUUAAUGAAGCAUUGUGCGGCGUUGCACGGGUUAGGGUUCGAAACAAAUCUACCCACCUUGAAUGACAAUUCGCGAAGUCUUAGCGAAAUUGUCUUUUACGCGUUGAAUAUAGAAAAAGAGGCCAAUACUUUCCCGGAAGAUAGUGUUGCCUUUGAUACAUUGAAUUGUCUUUCAGAUGAUGGAUCAGUCGAUGAUUCGGAAAUGGGGGUUAAACAUAAGGUUGGGUUCCAUUUAUUGAAAUGUCUAAUGGAGUUGAACUACAGUAAACGUUAUUCAGCAGAUGAGGCCUUACUGCAUAAGUUUUUCGAAGAGUUUGGAAGAGAAGGACGAGACGAAAAGGGGGAUGAUAUUCUGUAUCAAGAGAUUGAUGAUGUUGCUGAAACUUGA